CGGCCGGCUGCCGGCGCGGCGGUCAGCAGUGUGCCGGGCCGCCGCAGAGCAGAGGUGCCAGACGGCUCGCAUACGAGCACAGAGGGCCGCCGCGCCCCCGCCCCGACGCACCCCGGCCCAGGCCACGGUCGGACUCCGCCGGCGCCCGCCACCACUCCAGCCGGAGCAGCCAUGUGGACUCCGUGUCUGCUGCUGUCGUGGAGCUGCCUGCUGCUGUUGACGGUGCGCGCUGGAUCGGCAGAGGCUGAACAACCGCAGGCUGUCUCGGCAGAUAAACGCGACUGGAACGCGCUUCACGGCAACUGGGGCAAACGAGACCCGUCAGAGGUCACCGGAGACCCCGAGGAUGACCGGGAGUUGAUGCGAGAGGUCGCCAAAGGGCUGGUGUUAUCUGCAUACGAGCCGGAGGAUAAGAGGAAGUGGAACAGCUUCACCGGCUCCUGGGGCAAGCGGGGGGCCAAGUGGAACGGCUUCGCUGGCUCCUGGGGAAAGCGGUCCAAGUGGAACGACAUGGGCCCGUCCUGGGGCAAGAGAGCCAAGUGGGAAAACUUUGGCGGAUCGUGGGGAAAGCGGAGCAAGUGGGACGACAUUGACGACGACUCCUUGGAAAAGCGGGCAAAGUGGGACAACUUUGGCGGAUCCUGGGGCAAGAGGAAGAACUGGGAUAACUUCAACGGCGCCUGGGGCAAGAGGAAAGGCUGGGACAGCUUCAGCGGCGGAUGGGGCAAGCGGUCAGCGUGGAACAACUUCGGCGGCUCGUGGGGCAAGCGGUCCGUGUCGACGCCAGAGCUUCAGGAGGCUGCGGAUCGUUUAGAAAAGUUUAUUGUAAGCCAUUACGAACCAUCGCCAGAAGUCGAGGUAUCUUCUGGUGAAACACAAGCGAAGAAACGAAAAGAUUGGACACAACUCAACGGCAUGUGGGGAAAACGGUCUUCACCAAAGGCGCUUCUGCUGGCGUGAGGCGCUAGGGCCACCCACAAGCCAACCUCCUACAUGUCAUGACGUCACUACCAACCAUCCCGGCCACCGACCAGCGGCAUGACGUCAUCGCCUCUGACCUGCUGGUAUGACGUCACGGGUCCGGCCGGCUCGGCAGCCGUACAGAAGGACGUCCACUGUGACGUCAUAGUGACGUCACUGGAUCAACACGUGGCGUCGUUAGGGGUGACGAGCCGGGCCGAGACGAGGCGUGCCGUGUUCAACAGCCAGCGGAGCGCCUCGUCAGCCACAUUCUAUGCAUAGCGGAUACGUUUGUUCUGUCAGCACCAAUCAUAGCCCCGAAUGGUGCUGACGUCACGCUUCGUGGCCGACGGCAGAAAUUCAUGACGGCAUGUACUGGCUGUCACCGUUUUCAAUAACUUGAACAGAUUGUCAACCGUGAAAAAGCGUUAUUGAAUUGCCAUAGCUCGUGAAACUGAACAAACUGAACAAUAAACCAUGUGAUUUGAAACUU